CAGACCUUGUACACACACACACACACAUAUAUAUAUAUACACACACACACACACACACACACGUGUGUGUAAUAUAAAAAUGUCUUUUGUAUUUUCCAUUCAAAAAGUUAUUUCAUGCAUGUAUGGAGCCGAAAUGAAAUAAUCAAGAUGUGUUUGGAGUGAAAAAGAAUAAAUAAAUGAAUAUAAAUAAAUUGAAAUCUUGGAACAGGCGGACCAUUUCCCGCUGUCUUUUGUUUCCGUCGAAUGUUUGUUCCAGACGGACCAACCAAUAGGAUCCGGUGCGAUCAAGAAAAGUGCUCGCUUUUGUUCAGAGCAGCUGUGUGGAGUUUGGUGACAACAAGUAAAGAGACACAACAUGAGUUCUUCACCACAGGAGGACACAAACAGUUGGCAUCACCAGAAUGGAAUAGCUGUUGCAAUACCAGAAAAUGAGGAUAAGCCAUACAGUUGCAACUAGUGUGGGACAGCUUUCAGCCGGUCAUCUCAUCAAAAAACACACCAACUCAUCCACAGUGGAGAGAAACCGUACACUUGUGACCAGUGUGGGAGAACGUUCACCGGAUUGUCUCAUCUUAAAAAACACAGACUCCUCCACACUGGAGGGAAGAUGUACACUUGUGACCAAUGCAGGAAAACAUUUAGUCUGUCAUCUCAACUAAAAAAACAAAAUCUCAUCCACAGUGGAGGGAAUCCGUACACUUGUGACCAAUGUGGGAAAACUUUCAGUCAUCUGAUCUACAAACACACCAACUCAUCCACAGUGGAUGGAAGCCAUACACUUGCAACCAAUGUGGGACAGCUUUCAGGCAUAGAUCUAAUCUAAGAAAACACCAGGUCAUCCAUAGUGGAGCGAAGCCAUACGCUUGUGACCAAUGCGGGAAAGCUUUCAGUGGGUCAUAUGAAUUAAAAAUACACCAACUCAGCCACAGUGGAGAGAAGCCGUACACUUGUGACCAGUGUGGGACGGCAUUCAGCAGGUCAUCCCAUCUAAAAGCACACCACCUCGUUCACAGCGGCGAGAAGCCAUACACUUGUGAUCAGUGUGGGAGAACCUUCAGUCGGUUAUCUCAUGUGAAAAAACACCAGCUAAUCCACAGUGGAGAGAAGCCGUACACUUGUAAUCAGUGUGGGAAAGCUUUUAGUCAAACAAGUGACCUAAAAAGGCAUCAGCUUGUCCACAGUGAACAGAAGCCGUACACUUGUGACCAAUGUGGGAGAGCUUUCCGUCAUUCAGGGUAUCUGAAAAAACACCAACUUAUCCACAGUGGACAGAAGCCAUAUGCUUGUGACCAAUGUUGGAAAUCAUUCCGUUGUUCGGGUACUCUGAAAAGUCACCAAGUCAUCCACAGUGAAGAGAAAUUGUACAUUUGUGACCAAUGUGGGAAAGCUUUCAAACGGCCAUAUAGUUUAAAGAAGCACCAAGUCAUCCACAGUGGAGAUAAGCCGUAUACUUGUGAUGAGUGUGGCAGAACUUUCAACAACUUAUCUUACUUAACUAGACACAAACUCAUUCACAAUAAAGAUAAACCAUACAGCUGUGACCAAUGUGGGAAAUCUUUCAGUCAGUUAUUUCCUUUAAAACAGCACCAACUCAUCCACAAUAAAGAGAAACCAUAUGUUUGUCUCCAGUGUAGGAGAGCUUUCAAAUGUUCAUCAACUUUGAAAAGCCACCAACUCAUCCACAGUGGAGAUAAACCGUACUCCUGUGACCAAUGUGGGAUUUGCUUCCGUCAGGCAGGUUCACUGAGGAAUCACCAGCGUAUCCGCCUGGGAGACAAAGCAACCACUUGUGACCGCUGUGGGAAGAGAUUAUGUUCUUCACGUUCAUUGAAGUAUCACCAGUGUGUCCACACAAACAAGGGUGUAGAAAACAAUGAAACUUCUCCAGUUUAAAUUACUGGGAGAGACCAGAAACAUCUAGCAGAAGAGAUGCUCUUCAAAGUACAUGUUCAAAUGGGAGUGGUAGAAUGUUUGAUUUCAUGACUGAUUGAGUGUUUGGAAAAGUCAUUAUAUUCCCUGACAAACAAACAUCUGGAGCAGGGGUGGGCAACUUGUUCCAGAAAGGGCCAAGACGGUGCAGGUUUUCUUUGAAGCCACUGACUCCACCAGGUGACUUCACUGAUUAUCACUUUGAGCAGAUGGAAUCAAUUAAUGAGUCAACUCAUCUGGUGGAGUCUGUGGCUGCAAAGAAAACCUGCACCCUCUUGGCCCUUUCUGGAACAAGUUGCCCACCCCUGAUCUGGAGGGUCCAUAGUAGAGCCUGACUGAUAUAUUGACAGAUUAUAUAUUGAGAUUAUAUCUCCACACUGGCCUGGGAACGCCUCAGGAUCCCCCAGUCAGAGGUGGUCAGUGUGGCACGGGAGAGGGAAGUCUGGGGUCCCCUGCUAGAGCUGUUGCCCCUGUGACCUGAUCUCAGAUAAGUGGUUGAAGAUGAAUGAGUGAGUGAGUGAAAACUUAUUUUACAGAAUAACCAAAGCAGAAAAACACUUUGGCUGCUGGAAAUGGUGUCAUUGCAUAGUUUAUUGAGAGCAUUGUUUACAAUGUCUGUGGUGGGACCCCCAUCGCCCCUUGAUCACAUGAGCCACAAGUGACAGAGACAAAGCAUCCAGCUGCCAUUCAUUGUCAGUUAGAGUGGGCAUAUUACUGUAACAUCAGACAAGUGGUUCUAUACCGCCAGCUAGACAAGACCAAAAUAGAUGAGUGCUCUUUUUAUGCAAAUACUAAGUUAUGCGACUGACUGACUGCCAAUCCCAGUAAAGUUUGCACAGGUAUAGACAUGCAUUUUCAAGCUUCAAAUAUGUUGCUAAGAUAGAUGAUGAUUGGAGUUCAGUUUUAAGCAGAAACGAAGCCAUAAUCGAUGAAUUGCUUGUGACGCUCCAAAAUGACGCAUGCGCAGUGAAGGCAGGGGGAGUGAUCCGAGUGUCCUCACGGUGGAUAAUCGAGGGCUGUAGUGUGACGUAUGUUUGUUAUACCUGUAAUUAUUUACAAUAAAGUUCAUGUUUAAAAUUUAAAACAUUUUUUCUUCAUAAUGGUUUGAUAAUAUUCGGCAUCAUUCCCAUUUUUAUGUAUAUAU